AGAAGAAGACCGAGCUCUCGCUCUCUCUCUCUCUCUCUCUGUGUGAAACGAAGAGAGAUCGAGAAGAAGAGAAUGGCGAACGGAGCGUGGUGUGCUCCGUUGCUGGUCUCAAUCUCGGUGGCGCUCAUCACCUACAACAUCAUCAUCUCAUCCCACGCCACUCUAAACCCUAUCCGCAGCUCCACCUCCUCUUCUUUCCCCCGUGAUCCCGUCAUCCGAAUGCCAAUUGACCUCCCGAAGCCUCGCCGGUUGUUCCACACUGCCGUCACAGCCUCCGACUCCGUCUACAACACCUGGCAGUGCAGGGUCAUGUACUACUGGUUCAAGAAAGCGCGCGCCGCCGGUGGGCCUUAUUCCGACAUGGGUGGCUUCACUCGGAUCUUGCAUUCCGGUCACCCCGAUCGCUUCAUGGAUGAGAUCCCCACAUUUGUCGCUGAUCCCCUCCCCGCUGGCACUGAUCAGGGGUACAUCGUUCUCAAUAGGCCUUGGGCGUUUGUUCAGUGGCUGCAGAAGGCAAAUAUUGAAGAAGAAUACAUCUUCAUGUCUGAACCUGAUCACAUUAUUGUUAAGCCAAUACCAAACUUAGCCAAGCAAGACCUUGCAGCUGCAUUUCCUUUUUUCUACAUUGAACCCAAUAAGUAUGAGUCUGUUCUCCGUAAAUACUUUCCUGAAGACAAGGGGAAAAUCACUGAUAUUGAUCCUAUAGGGAAUUCUCCAGUUAUAAUUGAGAAGGCUUCUUUGGCUAAGAUUGCUCCUACAUGGAUGAACAUAUCUUUGGCAAUGAAGAAGGAUCCUGAAACAGACAAAGCAUUUGGCUGGGUUCUCGAGAUGUAUGCAUAUGCUGUUGCCUCUGCUUUGCAUGGGGUGGGAAACAUCUUGCACAAGGAUUUCAUGAUACAGCCUCCUUUUGAUGUGGAAGUUGGAGACAAGUAUAUCAUUCAUUUUACCUAUGGAUGUGACUAUGAUCUGGAGGGCCAUUUAACUUAUGGGAAAAUUGGACAAUGGAGAUUUGACAAAAGAUCCUAUGAUCUUCAUCCACCUCCUAGAAAUCUUGCAUUACCACCUAAGGGAACCACACAGAGUGUGGCGACUCUUGUCAAAAUGGUGAAUGAAGCAACAGAGAACAUCCCUGACUGGGAUGCCUAUGUAAGUGGCUCGAAUUCUUAAUGGUAGAUCAUCGGAAUUUGUGUGGAGAUCGUUGCCAAUGUAGAGGAAAGAAUCCAUCCAUCACAAGAAGCAUGCAAAGAAUGGAGGUGCAGGACUGAGAACUAAGGAACAAGUUUGUUCAACCGGAUUUGGUAUAUAGUUAAUAAAAUGCAUUUGGCUGUACAUCACUUCCCAGUGGUUCGGAGUUCAUAUGUCCUGUGUUAAAUUUAGCGUUAACUCAAUUAAGAUUGAAUUUGUAGCAGCAUAAUAAUGGCAUAGAUGAAGCAAAUCCUCUUUUGGUUAUACUGGUAUAUCUUUGUUUUUAGUUGUGUUUAUUUGUAACACUAUAUCAAAUGAUUUAUAUAUUGUAAGGAUGACAUUGCCCUUUCCUUUGAAUUUAAAGAGCUAGUUUUUUUUUUUUUU